GAUGGUGAUCAGCACACUAAAGCCCAUCCUUCCUUGUAUUCCUUAUUUCAAUUUUGGAUUGCACAGAGCAUAAGAAACUGAAACGGAGUAAUUUGAAGAAAUUGAGAAAAACAGCACUUUGAGGAUAUUGGAAAAUUUAUAGUCAAGAAUGAGUGUGGACGAGGACACACGCUGGCUUGAAUGGGUCACCAAGCAGUUUGAGACCAUCGCAGGAGAAGACAAGGAGAUAGACUUGGAUGAGUUUAAAACAGCCCUUAAGGUGAAAGAGUCAUUUUUUGCAGAGAGGUUCUUUGCACUGUUUGAUUCGGAUGGCAGCGGCUCUAUUACUCUUGAUGAGCUGCUGAAGGCCCUGAACCUCCUCAUUCAUGGCAAUGAGACUGACAAGCUGCGCUUUCUAUUCCAGGUUUAUGAUGUGGACGGAAGUGGCUCUAUAGACCCUGAUGAGUUGAGAACCGUGCUGAAAUCCUGCCUAAGGGAAAGUGCCAUCUCCCUGCCAGAGGAGAAACUGGAUGACCUGACACUGGCCCUGUUUGAGUCAGCUGAUAAAGAUAACAGUGGCUCCAUUACAUUCGAGGAGCUAAAAGCAGAGCUUGAGAACUUCCCUGAGGUCAUGGAGAACCUCACCAUCAGUGCUGCUAACUGGUUAAAACCUCCAGACAUAGAUCAAAAGAAGAGGAAGACGCCUCGCUAUUUGACUCGAGCAUACUGGCUCAACAACAGCCGCAAGCUGUUCUUCCUCUGCCUGUACACCUUGCUCAACAUCCUCCUCUUCGUCAUAGCUGUGCUGCGGUAUUCUACUGGUGGACCCUGGCUCAUGUUGGCGAGGGGAUGCGGAAUAUGCCUUAACCUUAACUGCACUUUUAUUUUGGUGCUAAUGCUACGCCGUUGCCUCACAUGGCUGCGUGCCACCUGGGUCGUGAAGGUUUUACCUUUGGACCAGAACAUCCUUCUGCAUCAGAUAGUGGGUUAUGCUAUCUUAAUCUUCAGUCUCCUGCAUACACUGGCGCAUGUCAUGAACUUUGUGUUGAUAACCCAUGCAGAUACAACAUAUAACAUGUGGGAAUACCUGUUCACCACACGCCCGGGGAUCGGAUGGGUUCAGGGCACAGCCUCUAUUACUGGGUUUGUGUUGCUGGUCAUCAUCUGUCUCAUGGUGGUUUGUUCCAGCACAUUUGUCAGACGUAGUGGUCACUUCGAGGUGUUCUACUGGUCUCAUCUGUUUUAUAUUUGGUUUUGGGCCCUGCUCAUAAUCCACUGCGCUAAUUUCUGGAAGUGGUUUGUGGUACCCGGUGUGAUUUUUGUCGUGGAGAAGUUAGUUGGCAUCGCAGUGUCUCGCAUGGCAGCUCUGUAUAUUGCUGAAGUCAACUUGCUGCCAUCAAAGGUAACACAUCUGGUGCUCAAGCGGCCACCGUUCUUCCAUUUUAAACCUGGUGACUAUAUCUACAUCAACAUCCCCGUCAUAGCCAAGUACGAGUGGCACCCAUUCACCAUCAGCAGCGCACCAGAGCAACAAGAUACCAUCUGGCUCCAUGUGCGCUCAAUGGGCCAAUGGACAAAUCGGCUGUUUGAAUAUUUUAGACAGUCUGAGAGCCAAGCCGUGAGCAACAAGAGACUUACAGCCAGCCUGAGGAACCGAAGGCACCAUGCAAGAACCCAGCAAGAGGAGCUGUUUAAAUCUGUGAGCAGUGGUGAAACUGUAGCAUCAAAUGAGGAUAAUGCCAUUGAGUUAACUUCGUAUCGUAAGAAUGGAGUGCAGCCCGGUUCUCAGAAACCAAACCCAGACCUCGGAGUACAGGUGGAACUCGAAGAAGUGCCUCCAGUUACUAGAGAGAUCACUGCUAAGCUGAGUGAGAAUCACAGAUAUUGUAAUAUUAAGUCUUAUGUAGAUGGGCCAUAUGGCACCCCGACCAGGCAGAUCUUUGCCUCAGAGCAUGCAGUGCUGAUAGGAGCUGGCAUUGGAAUCACACCUUUUGCAUCUAUCUUGCAGAGCAUCAUGUACCGUUAUCGGAUGAGGAAGCAGAACUGCCCGAACUGCAACUACUCCUGGUGUGAGACUAUCAAAGAUAAUGAGAUGAUGCUGAGGAAGGUGGAUUUCAUUUGGAUAAACAGAGAUCAGAAGUCCUUUGAGUGGUUUGUGAGCUUGUUGACUAAACUGGAGUUGGACCAGGCGGAUGAGGAACCUGAAGGUCGCUUUCUGGAGAUGCAUAUGUACAUGACAUCAGCUUUGAGCAAAAAUGACAUGAAGGCUAUUGGGCUGCAGAUGGCAUUGGACCUGUUGGCAAAGAAAGAGAAGAAAGACUCCAUCACUGGCCUGCGAACCCGCACACAGCCAGGCAGACCAGAGUGGGGCAAGGUGUUCCAGAAGCUGUCUGAAGAAAAGAAAGGCAAGGUUUACGUUUUUUACUGUGGCUCCCCGGCACUUGCCAAAGACAUCAAGGCUCAAUGUGAAGCAUUUGGAUUUCAUUUUUACAAAGAACACUUUUGAGAUCUAUUGGUUUUACCCCUCUAUGGUCAAACUUGCCUUUAUUUUUUAUUUUUUACUUACAUCCAUUGUGUAUCAGUCUGGGUUUAGUCUGGGUGAAAUUUCGUAUUUUGCGCUGUUGUCUCCUGUUUGCUCCUGGCACUUUCAGACUCCUUUGGAAAACAACACCAAAUUCCAUAGCAAAACUCAGUGAACCUUCGCUGCCCAUGAGCCUGUCGCUGGUUUACCACUGUUCCUUUCUUGGACCACUUUUGAUAGAUACUGACCACUGCAGACCGGGAAAUCCCACAAGAGAUGCAGUUUUGGAGAUGCUCUGACCCAGUCGUCUAGACAAACUUGUCAAAAUCGCUUAAAUGCUAACACUUGCCCAUUUUUCUGGCUUCUAACACAUCAACUUUGAGAACAAAAUGUUCACUUGCUGCCUAAUAAUAUCCCACCCACUAACAGGUGAAGACAUAAUCAGUUACCAGUCAUAAUGUUUUGAUGUGAUAAUACUUUGUCUGGUCUGUGUGUGUGUGUGUGUGUGUGUGUGUGUGUGUGUGUG